AAUCUAAGAUAGUAAUUUGAUUUCAUUUUUGUUGACUUUCUUCAGUCAAGCAAAUCUGUCUCCUGAUGGUAUUAAAUUUUGUCUGUGCAUCCACACUUGUAGUCUACUGUGAUAACUGGCACAGUGUUUUUUGUUUUGUUUUGUUUUGCUUUGCUUUGCUUUGUUUUGGUUUUGGCUGAACCAGCUUGUAGGAUCUUAGUUCCCUAACCAGGGAUCAAACCCAGGCCCCCAGCAGUGGAAGCGUGGAGUCCUAACUAUUGGACCAUCAGGGAGUUCCCUGGCAUGUGCCUUUGAAGAUGAGACCAUGAAGCUCCGGCAGCUGAAACUGGAUAAUCAGAGAGCGCUACUGGAGAAGAAGCAGAGAAAGAAGCGCCUGGAGCCACUUAUGGUGCAGCCGAACCCAGAAGCCCGGCCACGUCGGUCAAAGCCGAGGGGAAGCGAGGAGCACACUCCACUGGUGGAACCUCAGGCCCCGCACAGCGGUGUCGUCCUGCAUGGCAUUGAUGGUCCUGCUGCCUUCCUGAAGCCAGAUGCUCAAGACGUGGAAACCAAACUUCACGUUCUCUCAGUAGGAUCUUCUGUCACUGAGGAGGAUACUGAAGGAAGUGCUGAUGGGGAAGGCACUUGGGACCCUGCUUGCAAGCCGGAUCUUCAAGAGAUUCUCCAGAAACAUGGUAUCUCAGGGAGUUUGAACUUUGAUGAGGAGGAGACUGAUGGGGAGCAAGGAGAAGAGAAGAAACUAAGCUCUCAUUCGCCAUAUUCAGAGGCAGAGAGACCCAGCUCUGCAUGCAGCCAGAAGCCGGCCGCAGAUACAGGAGCUUCCAGGACCGCAGUCCAGCACACUGAUAACCAGCUGGGAGAAAUAGAGAGUUUAGAGGGUUUCGCAUACAGUCCUGCCCCUCGAGGUGUCACAGUAAAGUGUCGGAUAACCCGGGAUAAAAAAGGAGUGGAUCGGGGCCUCUUCCCCACCUACUAUAUGCACUUGGAAAAGGACGAAAAUCGGAAGAUAUUUCUUCUUGCAGGUAGAAAGCGGAAAAAGAGCAAAACAUCCAACUACCUUAUCUCCACUGAUCCAACAGAUUUAUCUCGUGAAGGGGAAAGUUAUAUUGGCAAACUCAGAUCCAACCUCAUGGGGACCAAGUUUACAGUUUAUGACCAUGGCGUCAGCCCGGCCAAGGCCCAGGGUCUGGUAGACAAGGCCUACACGCGGCAGGAGCUGGCCGCCGUCUGCUACGAAACAAACGUGCUUGGAUUCAAAGGCCCGAGAAAGAUGUCUGUGAUCAUCCCAGGGAUGAAUAUGAGUCACGAGCGGAUCCCGUUUCAGCCACGAAGUGAGCACGAGAGCUUGCUUUCAAAAUGGCAGAACAAAGCCAUGGAGAACUUGAUCGAGCUGCGCAACAAGUCCCCGGUCUGGAACGAUGACACUCAGUCCUACGUCCUGAACUUCCACGGCCGGGUCACUCAGGCCUCUGUGAAGAACUUCCAGAUAGUCCAUGAAAAUGACCCUGACUACAUAGUCAUGCAGUUUGGACGUGUGGCUGACGACAUGUUCACGCUGGACUACAACUACCCACUGUGCGCGCUGCAGGCCUUUGCCAUUGGGCUCUCCAGCUUCGACAGCAAGCUGGCCUGUGAAUGACAGCCGGGCAGGCACUGAGCUUUCUCUCUGCGGAGCUUUCCAGAGCACAUAGCUGCCUCCCUUGCUCUUGCCCAGAACAUGGAGAAUGACAGCCAGCCCCUUUUGGGAUGGCCCCUGAAAGUGCGUGUGUAGAUGUGUAUGGAUGCACAUACGUGUGUAUACACAUAUAUGUACACAUCCACACACACACACCCUUCUCUGGGUCUCCCACCCUGGUCAACAGUCGCAGCUUAACUUGGGUGAAAGAGUUGUCCAGAGCGCACAGCAACUCUUGAACACAGUAGUCAGUGUCCUGUUCUAGGAAACUUGCAGCCAGAAUCAGCUUCUCAUGAUUAAGUACUCGGGUCUCUUUUUCUGCAGACCUUUUCAGAGAGGGACAGUUCCCUGAAUUAUCUUUAGUCUCCACGUCUGAAGACUCUUCCUAUAAGUGGGCAGUGGGCUGGGCUCCGGCUUCAGAUGUCUCUACCAUCUGUGGGCUUGGCCAUCUCACAGAGCAGGCCCGUGGUCAUGAGAGCAUCUGCAUGGGGACAGUGCCUCCAGGAAGAGCGGUCCUGCAGGUCGGAUCUGAAUCAGCACCUGGCCUCACCCACUGUGACAUAGCUUUUCCCUUGUUGUGGCCACAGUGGUUUCCAGAGUAUCAUUUAUCGUCAGUGAUUGUUCCUAGUCCACCCAGACGGCUUGAUGCUAUUGCCCACCCCCCUCACCCAUCAGGGAGGGGCCCCUGGGAGACGUGCUCCUCUCUGCUGUCUUUGUGGGGGGAGCGUGGUGCCUGUUCCCCGGAGCCAGCCGCUCUCCUGUGACUCGGGAGGCACCAGUGUCACUGUUCCCCCUUCCUUCAGGGUCUCCCUUCCCCCCUCUGGCUGCGGUGCCUGUCAGAGUGGCUAUGGCCAGAUUUGUGAUCAGUGGUGUGAGAAAUUUACCUGAUUGUCUUAAUCGUGGUUUAGACUGGAAGCGUAAACUCUAGAGAUGACCUAGUCUAGUUACAGCUGAGAGGGCUCUGACGUAGCCUUCACCAUUUUCAGCCCAGGAGUGCCGCCCCGCUGGGAUACUGUGGAGCCGUUAGUGCAGACACGCCUGUAGCCCGAGUGGGAGGGCAGAGAACAGUGUGUGUGGAAAUUGCCAUUGUCACUGUCCCAGGGGCGAGGACCAGGCCUGGCUGGCAGAGUGUGGGCCUUUCUUCUUGGCAUAAAUGUCAUCAGGCCCGGAGGCCUGGUUCAUCCUGGUAGGUCACGUCCUGUCACUUCUCCUCGUGGAUGGUAAGAGUUCUGCUAAGUCGUUCAGAUUAUUAGCGUCUCAACAAAUCACGUGACUGUGCUGCUAGUCCAUGGGCUCUGCAGGCGUCUGAAUCCUGAGGGUCCAGGGUCGCCGUGAGCUCUGCGUUGGUGUCGGUCACCUCCCAGGCCUCGUGCACUGAGCUGUCUGCCAGCCUUGGGCUGGGCAUCGAUGGCUGUCACUCCGUCCCGUCCCUCUGUGGACUUCCUUUCUACCCCUGCUUCCUGUACCUGUUCCGCAUCAAAUAGCAGCGGGAAGGAGAGAGACCCAAGGGACGAGCAGACGUGCAGCUCACCCCGCCGGCGAGUCCAGUCGCUCCACUCUGACACAGCUGCUUCCCCUCAAGUGCCUCACUCAUCAAGUGCCCACCAGGCCCGUGGCACCACCAUCCUGCCGCUGAAAACAGAAGGCUGUUCACUCGUCUCCAGUUGGAGAACGUGGAGUGUCUGGGGAAGGGGGGUCUGGGGGGCGGCGGGAUCUGACCCCGCUUCCCCCCUGCUGGCUCUGGUGCAGACACGUACCCCAGCGUUGUGUCCUUCCUGCUUGAGCGUGCAGGUGAUCGGUUUGACAUGAAUCAUAUUUAUACCUUUUGUACACUACGGAAAUAAA